CAAUCACAUGUAUUUCAACUGCAACACGCGUCUCGACACACAUUUACACCUAUGAGAGUCGCCAACUACCCCAACUGAUACGUCCCAAUGCCUGUUGCCGGGGCUCGAGCCCUGCUGUCGGCGCAAUCCUCAUGUUGUCGCCGACUGCCCCGCGCCGUCUCCGUUGCCGCUUCCGCUUCCGGCUCCCUAUCCCGUCGCCAGCAUGCCGGCCACCAGUCCCUGAGAGGUUUCCGUACCUCUGCCGCCUCCCUCAAAAACGACCCCGACUCGAACUCGAACCCUGCCGAUCAUAAGAAGCCCGAAGACGAAGAUAAAACAACACAUGACAAGCCAGCUUCUACCACGACCACCACUUCGUCUAGCCAGGAGGAAGCUUCUGCCGACAAGAAGGAUGCAGAAUCAAAGGCGGCCGCCGAUGCCUACAAGGAAGCUCUCACGCUCAAGGGAACCCGGGGACGUCAUCGGCCCGGCAGGAUGGGCGCCGUCAACAUCGAGAACAAUGUCGCCCCACAAGCCAGCAGCACCCCAAGCACGCCCUGGGUGAAGCUAGACCCAUGGUUCAUCGACCACAACGUGUCGCUGUACGAAGCGCGACCCAUCGGCGCACCCCAGACCUUGCUGUUCCCGCUCGAAGACGUCGACCGCGAGGCCGUGCUGGAGCUGCUGGAGAAGAAGUUCGCCAAGGUCCAGGUGACAGAGGAGGACGUCAAGAUGUGGACAAGCAUGUUGGACGAGUUGGUACGGCUGCCCGAGGAGGAGCGCGAAGCUGCCUUUGAGCAACUACCCGAGUCCUCUAGCCAGCUGCUUAAGAAAGCACAUGCGGCACACAGCACCGCGUUCCUACAGGCGCUGGCUAUCGUCCACCAGACGGGCGCGAACCCGGAGCAUAUCGAGUUGCUGCGCAAGCACCACUCUUCCAGGGAGGAUGACAUUGUUCGGUUGUUGUGGUGGUCGGAUAAGCCGCUGUCCGGAGAGGCCCAGCGCUGGCUGGCAAAUCUUCGAUGCGAAGCCCAACCUGGCUCUGGCGCGCUACACGGCAGCCCUUUGGCCAGCAGGCCGGAUCCCGAGUAUCCAGUCUGCAUGGAGCUUCUGGCCGCUAUACGUGCCGAGCUGGUCGCGGACGUGCCGCACGGUACUAAGCCGCCAGACUACCACCGGCUCACGACAGUUCUCUCGGUGGUGAACCGCAGGGGUCGUAGUGUCGCCAACCAUGUCAUUGAUGACAUUGCCACUGACCUCAAGGCGGACGUAAUACACCUGGAUGCGUUUAGCUUGGCCCGACUUCUGGGAACCCAGUUACAGCAGAACAUCCAUCACGCUCGGGGCUCGGUUUCCAUGUUGGGAUACGCCGCUUCCGAGAUGAACGGAAGACUGGUUAACCGGGAUGAUGCUGACUCGGAUGGCGAUGUGGGUGUCCUGCAUGUGUCGAUGCCGUCCAAGCUGCGGUCCCUCCUCAGCUCCGGCAAGGACUUUGGAAGCUCGCGUUCUGUCGACCCACGCUGGGAAGGACUCAAGAUACAAAAUACGCUCAAGGCGAUCGUGAGGGCGGCUGAUGCCAAGCGGUUUGCCCAGACGGGUACAUAUGAGAAGCGUGAUCUGAUCAUCCAUCUGCACGACUAUGUAGAACUCAGUGAACUGCAAGAAAGUUUGAUUACCAGGUUACGAGACAUUGUCCAUGACUGGCAUUUCGAGGAGGCGGCGCACGACGGAAAGAAGAUUGUGCUGGUAGGCUCUUCAUCUAGUGACAUGGACAAGUCGCAGCACUGGCGCAAUCAGCUGGUCGAGCUCGGCCGUGAGGGCCAUCACAUCAUCCCCUUCCACGCUUCCCCGUCUACCGAGUGGAUGGACAGGAAGGACAACCUCUACGACAACAUCAACAACAUCAAGAGCAUGCUGGAAGCAAGACUGCCCACCCCAGCCGCUAUUGACUUUGAUGCGCAAAUCAAGUUUGAAGAUGACCAGGUCCUUGUAGACGAAAGAUACACCGAUCUGUUCCAAACCUUGUCGAAACAUGUGUUUGACGCCCAAUGGGUGUACCGCUUAACCUCCCUCUUGCUGGGCAGUCGAUCACCGCCUCCCAAGAAGUACGGUCUCGGCCACCUCAAGUACGCACUCGCCUUCAUGAGCGAUCGCGACAACCACUGGAAGGGCAUCUACUCGGGCAUCCGUCCUCCUUACUUCUCCCCACUCUUCCGUCAAAAGGGUGGCGCAAGCAACAUAUUUGACCAACACAUGCCAGAGGGUGGCGACUCACCCACCUCGGGCUUUUCUUCCUCGUGGGCCAGCCAAAGCCAAACCGCCAGCGACAACAAGGACUACGACCAGCAUGAGAAGAAGCUUCUGGCCGGUCUCGUGAACGCCAAGGACAUCCACACCACCUUUGACGACAUCAUCGUCCCCGCCGAGACCAAAGAGUCUCUCAUCGGUCUCACCUCCCUCUCCCUCCAACGUCCCGACGCCUUUGCCUACGGCGUGCUCAAAACCGAGCGCAUCCCCGGCUGCCUGCUCUACGGGCCCCCCGGAACCGGCAAGACCUUAUUAGCAAAAGCAGUCGCCAAAGAAUCCGGCGCCAACAUGCUCGAGGUCUCCGCCGCCUCCAUCAACGACAUGUGGCUCGGCCAAUCCGAGAAGAACGUGCGCGCCCUCUUCUCCUUGGCCCGCAAGCUCUCGCCCAUGGUGAUCUUCCUCGACGAGGCCGACGCGCUCCUCGGCGCCCGCCACAACAACCCCGGCCGCACCGCCCACCGCGAAACCAUCACGCAGUUCUUGCGCGAGUGGGACGGCCUCUCCGACAUGCGCGCCUUCAUCAUGGUCGCCACCAACCGGCCCUUUGAUCUCGACGAGGCCGUGCUCCGUCGUCUUCCGCGGAAGAUCCUCGUCGACUUGCCGCUUGUAGCUGAGCGCGCCAAGAUUCUCAAAGUGAUGCUUCGCGAGGAACAACUUGCUCCCGACGUAGACUUGGACGCGCUAGCAAAGGAAACUGAUCUCUACUCUGGCUCGGACCUCAAGAACUUGUGUGUCUCGGCUGCGAUGGAGGCAGUAAGGGAGGAGUGUAGAGCCAAGGAAGCGCAUGAUGCGGCGGCGGCGCAUUCGGAGGAGAAGGAAAAGGAAGGCCGCCCCUCCGCCGCGUACGAGUUCCCGGAACGGAGAGUCCUGACGAGGAAACACUUUGAAAAGGGUAUGCGGGAGAUUAGUGCGAGUAUCAGCGAGGAUAUGGAGAGCUUGAAGGCCAUUCGCAAGUUUGAUGAGCAGUAUGGGGAUGCCGGGGGCAAGGCGGCGAGAAGGAAGGCAAGGAGGGGGAUUGGGUUUGAAGUGGCGGGUACGGGAAGGGGCGGAACGGAGGAGGCAAGGUAUACUUUCAAGUUGUUUUUUGGUGGAAAUGGUUCACCGGCAUAG